AUACAGGCAGGCCUAAUCAAUGACCUAUAGGUCCAAUGAAAGGGGAUGUGUGUUUGUUUACCUUCUGGGCUCUCUAUAGGCUGUGGAAGACAUAGAGAAAAGGAGGGAGGAGGGAGAGUGAGGGAGAGAGGGAGGCGUUUCUCGUGGACAUGCUCUAGGGAUUAGCUAUUUAAAGUUCAGGCGCUCCACAAACCUUUCCAUGUAGCCAUCCAGUGCACCGACCAACCGCGCAUUUGGAACAGAACGCUCGCCCCGCGACAGUUGGCCAUUGAACUGACAUCAGAUAGUCUACCAAGCAAAGUUGCAAACGGUGAAUUUACCAUUGAAUUGGAACCAGUAGUCCGAUAUGGUAGGAUAGGUAGCCUACUUGAAAAUUACGCAUUGUUCUUCAAGAUCUGCAAAGUUGCAGCUACAUAAGUGGUCCUCAUCUCCCCUCAGCUCAAGACAUGGGUGUGAAGGUGCUCCAGUGCUUCCCCUGGUACAGACGCUGUAAAGAGCGAUGCAAGGCUAAACAGUGCCCCCCACCUGCAGUCCCCAGAGAUGAGAUGAAGCCUCGCCUGUUGUCCACGGUGUCGUGUGGUAGCGAGGGGGGCAGCAGCCUGAGCGGCUCCCAGAUCUACUUCUCCACCAAGGCUCGCCUCUCCUUCAGACACCAGAUGGACAGCAACUUCAACGCAGUGGACGCCACCUGCUGAAUAGAGCAGCCCCGACAGUCUGGAUAGUGUUCAUUAGGCAUCAAACGGAAGAAAAGGGACUGAAAUAGGGGGUGGGGGGGGGCUACCUGGGCUUGUCCGAUAAGAAACGCUCAUUUUUGUUUUCCGUUGCAAAACAUUUUUGCUACGGUGUGCCCUAAUGAAUAUGACCCUGGCUCACAACGCUGGGAAUGAGACUUCAGUAUCUACUGACGCAUCCCUCCUGUCAUCACCACCGCCCGGAAAUUAGCUCUCGCCCCUCCACUAUGGCAUCCAUUAUUAUAGCUCAACAGAACAGAGAAUGUAAAGGACGGGGACUUAAUCUACUCAGUGGUACAUAUGUACUCAACGUUCUUUCUCAACUCCCCCUUCAGAAGUGACUGUGAAAGGAUGGAUAUAUCACACCAGAUUGAGUUCUUCACUAUAGAGAAAGACUGAAUGCACUGCUGAUGUGGCUAGUAGAGAUGGAAAACUGUUUACUACAUCAUUACCAACAAAGUGCAUUAUUUUCCUUUUCUUUUUGGAGAUUUGGGAUUUCCUUUUUUUGAAUAAAUGUGUGUGUUGGGAUGUAAGUUAGGUUGGUUUGGUCUAGGGCCAGGUAAAAGACCACAACAACUGCAAAUUCAAGUCUUUCAAAUACUAGCCGGUGAAUACAAGAAAAUUAAGCACUCCCAACUUUAAAUACUGGAUUUUUUGUUUUUAUCCUGACACUAUCCUAACUUGCUGAGAAGAACAUGGUAACUAGAUUUUGAUCCGUUUGGCUAAUAAAGACUAAUGACU